CGCUAGGUGGUGACGGUGUGUGGUGAGGUGGCGUCUCGUCUCGAUACGCUCUGAUCAUACAAAUCGAGUGGGCGUGUCCACCCGUGUGUUCAUGUCCUCUGGUCUCGACAUACAGCAAUUCGUCGGUCGCGUCGACGUGCUGCGCGCGUCUCUGUGGCCUCUCCUGUGGGUACAUCCCAUCGUCUCCGACCUCGUCCAUUGGGUUUCGCCUCUACGCUCGUCGCUCACUCUCGUCUGUCUCUGUGCGGCCUGUUUGUUCGCCGAACAUUGGAUUCCAGUCGCUUUUCUUACCUUAUCUCUAAUGCUCGUGUUCGGUUUCGUCAAAUCGAAAGCGUCUGAGGCGUCUUCGGAUAAUGCGCAUGCGCGAAGCGACAGACCGCGAUAUCGCGAUAAUACGACGCAGUUUCUCGCGUUAUGUCACGAGGACGUGGUGAAAACGGAGGAGAGCAUUCGCAAGUUUCGCUGUCUGGUCGAACAAUUGCAAGCGGGCGUCCUGCAGGCGUUCCACGUGACCGAGGAGAUGAGAGGCGUGCUGUACUGGCGGCAACCAGUCAGGACAGCGAAAUACCUGAUCGGUUCAGUGUUGAUAUCAAUAACCUACUGGCUGGUGUCAUGGAGAUUGGUGCUUGUUGUUGUUAUUGUGUGGAGCUUUAUGGUAAACGGAUGUCUAUACGAGAUGAUACAUGAGAGAAUGAAGAGAUUCAAGCGAGUCAAGAAAAGAUUGUCGACUCCGAUUAUCACGAUUACCGACACAGUCAAAGAGACUGUGGACCCGGUAUCCAACGGUGAACUAUCAGUGAAGCAAGUGGAAGCUGCCAAUUCGUCAAACGACGACAACGACGACGAGAUCGACAUUCAAUCGUUGAAUCGAUUUGCACUGGACGAUUCGACCGACUCUGGUGAUACCGGACCGACACGUAGUCUACAGGAGAGCAUAAACACGGAUGUGACAGUCGACUCCGAGGUCGUCAAGUCAUCGGCGUUGUCACGAUUUCUUCGACGACGAACGACUGCGAAUGCUCGUGUUGUAUCCAAACGUAGAAAACCUGUCAAGCCUCGAUGCUUCUCGUGUAACAAAUCGCUUCGUUCGUCGCACGUCUUUUGCUCGAGUUGCGGUGAUAAAUUCUGUGGGAACUGCUGCGGCAAUCAGGUUCUUCGAUCACAACUGGGGGCGACGUCGCCGGCUGCUUACCAGGAGAAGGUCUUCGUGUGUGGACGAUGCUAUUUUCGGUUGCUCAAGAAGUGAUGUGACACGCCCCCGGGUGUAUAGUAUUUAUUAUUGAUUGAAAAAUUGUCUUUCAACAAUGUGUUAAUAUUAAUAUUAAUAAACAGAUAUGUUUGUACUGUAGAUAUUUGCCUUUUUGUCACAUGUACUGGUGUACACGUAAGGUGCCUACAGAAUGUUUUGUUCAAACAUGAUUUGCUCGAAACCUUCCGGAGCUGGAUAGAUGAA